CGUCGCCCCCGCCCCCGCCUCGCGCUCCAGGUAGCGGCGGCCGCAGCUGCCGGCGUUGGCUGGCUGCACUCCCCAGCGGCCCGCGGGCCGGGGCAGGGGCGGGCCGGGGGCGUUCCCGCGGGCCGCCGCCCGUGAUGUCACAAUCGCGGCGGGCCGCGGCGCUCCGGGGUCGGCGGUGGGCGGCGGGCCGCGAGCGGGCGAUCGAAGCGGGCAGCUCGCGCCUGAGUCAUGGACUUCCCCUGGCCCCUCCUCUACCCCUCCCACUCCCUCGCCGGGCCCCCCCGCCGGGGCUAGCGUCGGCCGCGGCUCCGAGGGGGUGGGGCUGCUGGGAAUGGCUGUGCCCCCUUCGGCCCCUCAGCCGCGCGCGUCCUUUCACCUGAGGAGGCACACGCCUUGCCCGCAGUGCUCAUGGGGCAUGGAGGAGAAGGCGGCGGCCAGCGCCGGCGGCCGGGAGCCGCCGGGCCCCCAGAGGGCCGCCGCCGUCGCGUACUUCGGCAUUUCCGUGGACCCGGACGACAUCCUUCCCGGGGCCCUGCGCCUCAUCCAGGAGCUGCGGCCGCAUUGGAAGCCCGAGCAAGUUCGGACCAAGCGCUUCACGGAUGGCAUCACCAACAAGCUGGUGGCCUGCUACAUGGAGGAGGACAUGCAGGACUGUGUGCUGGUCCGGGUCUAUGGGGAGCGGACGGAGCUGCUGGUGGACCGGGAGAAUGAAGUCAGAAACUUCCAGCUGCUGCGAGCACAUGGCUGUGCCCCCAAACUCUACUGCACCUUCCAGAAUGGGCUGUGCUAUGAGUACAUGCAGGGUGUGGCUCUGGGGCCUGAGCACAUCCGUGAGCCCCGGCUUUUCAGGUUAAUCGCCUUAGAAAUGGCAAAGAUUCAUACUAUCCACGCCAACGGCAGCCUGCCCAAGCCCACUCUCUGGUACAAGAUGCACAAUUAUUUCACGCUUGUGAAGAACGAGAUCAACCCCAGCCUUUCUGCAGAUGUCCCUAAGGUGGAGGUGUUGGAACAAGAGCUGGCCUGGCUGAAGGAGCAUCUGUCCCAGCUGGAGUCCCCUGUGGUGUUUUGUCACAAUGACCUGCUCUGCAAGAAUAUCAUCUAUGACAGCACCAAAGGUCACGUGCGAUUCAUUGACUAUGAAUAUGCUGGCUACAACUACCAAGCUUUUGACAUUGGCAACCAUUUCAAUGAGUUUGCAGGCGUGAAUGAGGUGGAUUAUUGCCUGUACCCGGCGCGGGAGACCCAGCUGCAGUGGCUGCACUACUACCUGCAGGCACAAAGGGGAAUGGCCGUGACCCCCAGGGAGGUGGAAAGGCUCUACGUGCAAGUCAACAAGUUUGCCCUGGUACGCAGUGAUCCGAUUCAACCAGUACUUCAAGGUGAAGCUUCAGGUGUCAGCCUUGGAGAUGCCAAAGUGACCAGCCACCCCAUCCUUCCCCACCCAUCUGUCUGGCCAAACCUGUUCUCCAGAGCUCAAUUCUGCGCUCCGGGGUCCACACCCUUGGCCAAGGUGGGAGAGGGGACAGCUCCUCGGGGCCCUCCUGGCUCUGGCCCAGAAAGUGAUUCAUUUGUAAAUUAUCAUGAUUUCUGCAUUAAAAUGCUCAUUUCCGGACUGCUGUGGCUGAGUGGCAAUGGUGAGGAAUUGACCCCUGCAUGGGGGGCUGAGGGGUGCUAUAGCCCCUCCUGAUGACUCCCUACAACCUGGGCUUUAUGCUGAAGUCACGGUAGCAGCCUGCACACAUCCUCCCCUGCACCCAGCUCCGAAGGCUCCGGAACUUCUUGUAGACCUGGGCAGGACCCCUAUUUCUCUCACUCAGCUUCUCUGCCUUUGACCCUCUAGGUAGAAUCUACCCUUAGAGGGAAUGAGGCUGUGGAUUAAAAGGACGCUGGCUGACCCAGAUGAACCAGUGACGUCCUAAACACAAGUGCUCAGGACCUCUUCCUCCGUCAUCUCCGGCUCCCAGCUGUCAGGGGUGGGGAAGGGGCUGCUAUGAGAGUGGGCAGGAGUGAUUUCUGGAACUUUCUCAGAAGGCCAGAGGGAGGAAGGAGCAGAAAGUCAAAGAUGAGAAGGGGGCACCCCUCUUAGCAGCCGCCACUCUGGCUAUGCUUUCCAGGCUGGGCAUCAGGCAGCAGCUGAUUCAGACUGCCCCCCGCCAGGAAGUGCCCAGUGCCCUUAGGGGCAGCAGUGGCAACAGCAGCCGCAGCCUGCCAGGUGGACUCUGGUUGUUUGGCUUUUGCCUGCAAAAAGCACUCUGGUGCCAUGGCAACCACUGGAGCUGGCACCUGCUGCUGGAGCCUUCAAGGUCAUGGUGAUCCAGCAUAGCCAGGCCCUCCAUGGGCAGCAGCCUCGGGGGGUACCAGUGGGGGACACCGGUGAAAAAGGUGCCCAGGCGUGGGGAUGGUACCAGGACUUGGCAGGUAGGGGCCCCUUAGAGUCAUCCAUGGUGUUAGGUGGUCACAGACACGAUCUGUCUGGACUAAAUAGCAGUGUCUCCACUCCUUGUUCCUCUCUGAGUCACCUCUGGAACUGAGGGCAGAAUUAACACUGUGAAGCCAACUUUGUUUCUAGCCUCCUGGGCUUUGAUGCUGCAUCGCUGGAGGCAGCCAUUGCAGUGGUGAGUAGGGAAUGGCUGGAACAGACCCCCUGCCCCCAUCACCCUGUGCCCCUAAAGCCCUGGACACAUCUGCAUGGGAAGUAAUUAACAGCAGGCAUCAUCCCACUGCUGCCUCUGAGAAAGCAUUCUCAUUCCCCUAGUCCUCCAGGGGAGUGAGCCGGUAUGGUGGCAGAGGGCACAACCCUGGCCCGCCAAGUCUGGGAGUUCCACCUUCACUCCUUUCACUGCCACCCUGGGCUAACCAGCACUCCUACCCUCCUGGCUGAGCACUGGGCCUUGGAGGCUCCCAAGUGUGAUCUGGGUUCAGACCCCUAGCAAAGACCUCAAAGGAUUCCUGGGCAGGUUCACCUUCCCAACGAGCUCUGCCCCUUGUCUCUGCCCAAGCAGCAUGGAGGGGACAGACUUGUGGCCCAGCUUUCCUGUUAAUGACUACAGCACUCUGCUCCUGGCUUCUGCAACCACCUGGCCCCAUCCUGCCUCUCAUGGAACUGGGGGGUGGGGCUCCAGGGCCCGCUCCUGUGUCUCAGCAGAUGGAAUAAGGCAGGCAAGACAAGAGGACUUGGGGAAGGGAAGAGGAACUCAGGACCGACAGAGAAUGUGGGAGUGAGCCAGGGUGGGAGAGUCUUAAGGAGACUGGCAGAACCUGGUUUGUACGAGUGGAGGAGGCUGGGGCAGAGGGCCAAGGAGGGCAGAGCGGAUGGACCCUUGGAGGUGCAAUGAGCAACUCUCCCUCAGGACCACCAGGGGGCAGGCGCUGCCACCAGCUCCUCCUCCCGCCUCUGCCAGCAUCUUUUCCAAACAUGGGGUUGGGAAGGCAAAGGAGG